AUUAACCGGAAAGGCGAGCACCCUGCCUCGUAUGCGCUGCAGUUUGGAUUAGUACGGAGGCGAAAAAGCUAGAGUCGGGCGACAGUAGAAACCUCAAAUCCUGUAAAAGACCUUCCUGACGUUCCUUGAUCAUCCCUCUACCGUUGCAUUUAGGUUUUAUCUGUACCUGUACAUUAAACCAAAUUAAAAUGAUUGCUCCGUCAUUCGCUCUCACUCGCAGCGCCAUCGCAGCUCGUCAGUUCUCCGUCCUGGGCCGAUCCCUCACGUCAAUGAGCGUGGUGCCGCGGACUGGUAAGCAAACGGAAUUACCAUCCGUAUCGCUGGUGCCAGCUCACCGCACCUUCAGCAAUCCCCAGUUUAGCCAAGUAUUGCGAUCCCUACAGACCAGUGCUGCACGGAUGGAUAUCGACUCCGCUGCAAAGUUUAUCGGAGCUGGAGCGGCCACAGUAGGAGUAGCCGGAUCAGGAGCUGGAAUCGGAAGCGUCUUUGGAAGUUUAAUCAUCGGAUAUGCGCGCAAUCCUUCCCUGAAACAACAGCUCUUCUCCUAUGCCAUUUUGGGUUUCGCUUUGUCUGAAGCCAUGGGUCUGUUCUGUCUGAUGAUGGCUUUCCUUUUGCUGUUUGCUUUCUAAACUACUUGGCAUGUGUUGUUUCAAAUAAUUCAAGCCGGCUCUGUGGCUGGACAUCUACAAGGUUCUUCGGAUGACUUUAAUUUAAAUGAUACACCACCAAGUAACGCCUAAACGAUGUUGAUUAUAAAUGGGAAUUCGUGGUUUGUGUCACUUUGUGUGCAGUUGCAGUUAGGACGUACGUGCAGGCUAACAUUUUAGUGUUUCAUUUGUCUUUGGUUCCGUUUGGUAAAUAAAAGUGAUUUUCAACGGCGG